AUGGAAGACUUAUGUUGUAAUGAAGCUCGUUGGAAAUUGGAACGAAGGAUUAAUAAUAAGAAUAACAAAGAUCAUAUGUUAUUAUGGGUCGGGAUAAGGGUUGCACAACAAAUAACUACGACUUUAGCUAACCUUAAUAUUGGAAGAGGCAUAGAAGAUUUGGUUCGAGAAUUAUGGUUUCAAGUCUACUGUGACAGGAAUGAGACUUCAAGUAUUCUACUUGAAAUUUGUGCUUUUUCGUAUUUCCAUUAA